GAGGGUUGGGGUUGGACGAGAGAGAGAGAGAGAGAGAGAGCAGAGAGCAGAGAUUGAAGGUGAAGACUCUCUUCUCUCCUCCUUCACUCUCUUCAAAAUUCCCGAUGCUUUCUCUCUCCUAACUCCUAAAACCAACAACAAACAAUGUCCUCUUGGCUUUCAAUCUCUCUCCCAAACCCCUUCCGUUCCGACGAAGAUCAAGCUCCGUCUCCCGAUCACUCCCCCACCGCCGGCCUCCGAGACGACCUCUCCGUCCUCGGCGCCACCAUCGGCCGCCAACUACGCGGCGUCGCCGCCUUUCUCGCCCCGCCACCAACUGCUGUAAUCUCCGAGUCCUCUUCCUCCGCCGCCGUCGCCGAGGCCUCGUCGGAUACACUCCUCGGCAUAAAAAACGAUCUAGUCGAGAUCAGCGGUAGCUUCAAGUCCUCCCUCUCCCUCCUAUCCACUAAUAAAGCGGUUUCCGAGAUAUCUCGCUUGGCCUCCAACUUGUGGCAGUUUGAGAGCCGAGGCAAUGAUGUUGAAGGAGACGAGGACGGUGGCGCCGACUAUGAGGUGGCAGGGAUUACGGGGGAAGUUCUCGACUUUGUUCACGAGAUUUCGUUUCGGCCGGAGUUGUGGACCGAUUUUCCACUCUCACUGGAAAAUGGUUUUGAAAUGUCUGAUGCACAGAAAGUGCAUGCUUCAACUGCUGAACAUCUGGUCCCAAGUCUUGAAGCUUUGAGGCAUAAAAUUUGCAGUUUCUUGAGUGAAAAAAACUUUUGGAUGAUAUAUUUUGUUUUGCUGCUCCCAGGACUGCAAGAACAUGAUGCCAAGAUUCUAUCAACUCCCAAGAUUGUUGAAGUGAGAGAGAUCUUGUUGCAGAAGUUGCAAAACAAGAGGAAUGCAUCAGUGGAGACUUCUGAAAACUCACAUGCCGUUAACUUGUCCGCCAAUAAUGUGGAAGUAAGCGACUCAUCUCAAGGAAAAGUUCUGGCAGCAUCUGUAAAUGCAGAACAAAGGGUGAAAAGUGACCAGGAGAAAACUGAGCAGUCACCAGAAGAGGAAGAUGAUGGAUGCGCCUCCUCUAUAGAGGUCCAGAAACCGCCUGAAAGUGGUGAGGAUGUCUCAUUCAGCCACCUGGAGGACGACGACUACGAUCUUUUUGGCGGAUUAUCAAGGCUUAAACCCGUUUCACCCACUGGAUCAAAUGAAUGGGUUCGACUCCAAGCUAGUUCCGGAACUCAGGGUGCUGAGCAGAAGGCAGGAUCAACUCCUCAAGAAAAGGACUCAGAAGGAGAAGAUUCAUUUGAUUGGCUCACUAUUGACGAAGUCGAUUUGACCAUCUGGUAGCUGUUUGAAUUAAGUGUCGACCUCCAAUUAUGCUUUUCCUGAAAAUUCCAUGUUUCCAACCCUCUCUGCAAAUAAGCUCUGCUGAAAUAAUUAGGAUGAAUAUGCUUCAAAACUACCUUUUCAUGUCGGAUUAGGUGUGUCAAUAUCUUUUUUUUUUUUUUUGGUUUUAUUGUUCUUAGUUUCGGGGUUUGUACAUUCAAUUCCCAAUGUUCAUAAAGCGCUGAAGUUGUUUCAGAUUGUAACUUCAAGCACUUUCUUUCCUUUUGUCUUCUCAGUUACUAAGGUAUAUUUUUUUAAGCAUGAA